UCCUCCAUUAAUCGUGGCAAACUUCACGCUUAGCGUCCACUAGAUUCCGACUUUAAUCUUUUUUUAUUCUAAAUUCGUUCUGAGGUGCACUGUAAACAAUCUUAUUGAUUACAAAUAUCAUAAUUGGAAGAAACACACAUAAUUGACAACAUUGAAAUGACAAAUCAGAAGCCGAUUUCUUGCGGGUUGGAUUUCUGUUGUGCUGCAAAUCUAAAUGAUUGUUUGUGCACUGCAAGUUCUUCAAGAUAUGAUUUUAUCUGUGUUCCAUUGGUACAUCCUUUGCUCAAGAGAGAAUUUAUAUCAGGUUCUGCCAAGAAUCGUCCAGGACCAUUCACUAGACCUGAUUUAGUUUUGAAUAGUUCAGAUUGGAAUAAUUUAAUAAUAGGUAAAUUCUCACCAUUUAUCAAUGUGGACUCAACUGAUGCAAUUAUUAGAAAAAAUAGUGAAGAAGCUUUAAAUCAAGAAUUAGCCUUGGCCAUGCAUUUUGGUUUGUCAGGCAUAACUUUCAAAUUGAUGAGUGGAAUAGAUAAAAACACAAAUCUUGCAAGAAUUUUUUGUGAUAAAUUGUCAAGUAAUUGUAUUUUCCAGGUUUGGAUACAAGUACCUAUGGAAAAUCCAAUUAGGCAAAGCUAUUCUUACAGAGAAGAGGAUUGUCCGAUAGUGGAAAGUCCAUGGGAAUGGUGGAAUGCAUUUAGAAUAAUAUGUGAUUAUAACAGAAAAUUAGGAGUUGCAUUAAUUGUUAGUCAUGACCUACCUGAACCAGCAGAGAUUGAUAGGUGGCUUGGGGAGCCAGUGAAAUGUUUAAUUUUACCAACAACGAUAUUUCUAACUAAUAAAAAAGGAUAUCCAGUGUUAAGUAAAGCGCAUCAGGCAUUGGUCAAAAGAUUUGGCACGUUAGAAAUACAAUUUAUAUUAACGGGUGCGUCACGUUACAAAAGUAUCAGCUAUUAUCACAACUAUCUUGAUUAUUUGUGGAAGGGAUGUCAAACUACUGGAGCAGUGGAAAGAUUUGCUCGUGGGUACGAAGAUUACUUACAGUGUCCGUUGCAACCUUUGAUGGAUAAUCUUGAGUCGCAAACUUACGAAAUAUUCGAGAAGGAUCCUGUAAAAUAUCGAGAAUAUCAGAGCGCUAUAUAUGAAGCCAUUAGAGAUAUUAUGCCUAAAGUUCAGGAGGAAGAGAGGAAAGUAGUAAUCAUGGUGGUCGGUGCUGGAAGAGGACCUCUCGUAACUGCGUCUUUGAACGCUGCAGAUAUGGCCUCUCAACAAGUGAAGGUGUACGCAGUGGAGAAGAAUCCCAAUGCUGUGCUAACUUUGCAAGCUCUCGAGAGAGACGUGUGGGAAGACAAAGUCAAGGUGAUAUCGUGCGACAUGAGAGAAUGGGAAGCUCCCGAAAAGGCUGAUAUUAUUGUUUCCGAACUACUUGGAUCCUUUGGUGAUAAUGAACUGUCUCCUGAAUGUUUGGACAAUGUCCUAAAGUUUUUGCGAGAUGAUGGAAUUAAUAUACCACAAUCGUAUACUUCGUACAUUGCUCCUAUACAAUCCUCAAAGCUAUACAACGAAGUCAGACAACUCAGAGAUAAAGAUAAACAUCCAUUGACUAAUUUUGAGACUCCCUAUGUAGUACAUCUUCAAAAUAAGUACGAUAUAGCGAAACCACAAGCGCUUUUUACAUUUGAACAUCCGAAUAGAGCUACUGUCAUUGAUAACUCAAGAUAUGAGACUACAACGUUUCAAGUAAAACAAGAAUGCGUGUUACAUGGGUUUUCAGGAUAUUUUAGGACAAUUCUAUACAAGCAUAUUACAUUAAGUAUAGAACCUAGCACAUAUAGUCCGGAAAUGUUCAGUUGGUUCCCAAUUUUCUUUCCACUCAAGGAGCCAGUAUAUUUAAAGGCAGAGGACCAAUUAGUAGCACAUUUUUGGCGCAAAUGUAGCUCCAAGAAGGUUUGGUACGAAUGGUGUAUCAGCAAGCCUAUUCCAGUCUCCAUUCACAAUCCAGGCGGACGUUCUUAUACUAUUGGGUUGUAGUAUAAAAAUGUCUGUCACUUUCAUCAGUUUGCUUAUUCAAAAAAUUCAACAACAUACGAUGAAAUAGGUGGCUUAUAUCUGUAAUACAGACGAAUUUUUACAAAAUAGUUUGCAACAAAUAUCUAGGCAACUAGAGGUUACAUUCUCCAAAAUAAUAUUUUUUGCAUUAAUUUCAAUUGAGAUGUGUAAAGCCUAUACAUGUAGUACAUUAAUGCACACAUUAGGUUCAAGGAAUGACGUAUCUCAUCUUUGAGAAAGAAUAUAUCUCCUUGAUGUAGAACUGAUGUGAUUUGAAUUUUAUUUUAUUGAUAGUUUUAUCGAUAGUAUUUAGGACUAAAAUUAUUUCUUUGUCUGGUAUAUAUAUUCAGCUGUAUAAAUAAUAAUCAUGAAACAAGAUAAAAAGAACAGGAGAAUGAAAACUAGCAGAUAUGAAAGGUAAUUGAUGCUUAGAAAGAUACAGAUGCAUACUGAUGCUUCAGUGGUCUCUUUCAUAUAUUUACUACAUCAUAUAUAUAUACACAGUAUCACAUAAUAUAGUGUAUAUGACGAUGAUCUCUGAGGUCAUACUGAUAUCAAAUUUUGAUAACAUAUUACGAUGUAUUCUUAAAGUAUGUGCUGCUGUUAUCUUCUUUUAAACUCGUAUGACAAAGUAUAUAGUUUAAACAUUAUGUAAAUUUGACAUAUUGUAACAUCCUCCAUCAAAUGCUACCCAUAUGAUAGUAUUCUUAUAUGGAAUGUACAUACAUUAAUUUUUUAUAAUGAAUUUCUACUUUGAUCAAUGAUUAAUAUAAGGAUAGUUUUUUUUUUUUUAUCUAAGUUCCUUUGUGGUUACUUUAACAAAUUAUCCUGUUCAAACAGUGUAUAUGUAUUCAUAUAAGCAACAUACAAAAUAGAGCAUUUGUUGUGUAAUGAUAACUCUGUCAAGUAUUAGUCAUACAUUAUUAAUUUACAAAAUGAAAUUGUUAUUGCUUAUACAGGGUACACAGGAGAUUAUAAAUAAAAAUAGACUAAUAUGACACAAA